CUGUCUGCGAGGGGAGCCAGGGACAGCAGGGCCCUGGCCAAACCUCCGCUCAAACCCUUUCCUGAUGUUCUCCCAGCAGCUUGUGACCACCAACGUGCCCCCUGAGGAUCAGGACGGCUCCGGGGACGACUCGGACAACUUCUCCGGCUCAGGUGCAGGUCCCUUGCAAGACCACGCCCUGUCACGGCAGACGCCUGCCACCUGGAAGGACCUGUGGCUCCUGACGGCCACGUCCACCGCUCCAGAACCCACCAGCGCCGACGCCACAGCCGCCUCCACCCCCAUCCUGCCGGCUGGGGAGGGGCCUGUGGAGGAAGGGGUCGUACCCCUGGCGGAGGCGGAGCCUGGCUCCGUAGCUGGGGAGAAGGAGACCACCGCCCAACCCAGGGAGACCACGCAGCUCCCCACCACGCAGCGCGCCUCGACCGCCAGAGCCACCACAGCCCAGGCGCCCGCCACCACCCAUCCCCACAGGGACGUGCAGCCCGGCCACCACGGGACCUCAGCUCCCGCAGCCCCGGGCCACGCCGACACUCACUCUCCCGGUGUGCAAGACCGGGGCCCCUCUGCCACCGACGCAGCUGCCGAGGACGGAGCCCCCAAUCAGCUGCCAGCCGGAGAGGGCUCUGGGGAGCCGGACUUCACUUUCGAGACAUCCGAAGAGAACACGGCCGUGGCUGAGGUGGAGCCUGACCCCCGGAAUCAGCCCCCAGUGGACCAGGGGGCCACGGGGGCCUCGCAGGGCCUCCUGGACCGGAAGGAAGUGCUGGGAGGGGUCAUUGCCGGAGGCCUCGUGGGGCUCAUCUUUGCCGUGUGCCUGGUGGGCUUCAUGCUAUACCGGAUGAAGAAGAAGGACGAAGGCAGCUACUCCCUGGAGGAGCCGAAGCAGGCCAAUGGCGGCGCCUACCAGAGGCCCACCAAGCAAGAGGAGUUCUACGCCUGAGGCCCGGCGGCUGUCCCCUCCCCCGCCGCCCACUAGGCCCCCCACUCGCCUCCUCGGGGAAGAACUGCAGGCCCUGGCCUCCCCGCCACCACGCCACCCACUCCCCAACGCCGCCGCCGCCAACCUGCUCCCCUGACGGCUGCCCAGUCGGGGGCACCGCGGGCUUCUCGGACGUGGCCUUCCGCCACAGCCACGGCCUGGCCUCGCACCCCUGGGACUCGCCUUCUCCAGCCUGGCCCAGCUCUGGAGAGAAAGGGGACCUUACUGUUUGGACCUGGGUGGCCCUGCCGUGGCUGGAAAACUCUGGGCUGGGGGCUUUGGGCGGAGCCACCUACAGCACUUAGCGGGGCGGGGGAGGUGAGUUCAGGCUCCAUCAGAGUCCACGUGGUGUCGCGGGGAGGGCUAAGGUAGAUACCCACUCGUUUUUGCACAUGUUUGCUGUAGUCUCUGUCCGUAGCCCCGGUAGUCCCUGUUACUUCUGAGGUUAAGUUAAGAGCGUGGCGUUGGUAGGCCCCACCUUGCUUCCCCAAUCUCAGGGUGAAGAAGCCUUUGUUUUUGUUUUUUAUUUUUUUUUUGAGAGCCAAAUCCGGAAGCCACAUGUGGGCUUAGUUUGUGUGUUUGUCUCUGAGUGUGUCGCUCGUGCGUGCAACAGGGUAUGGACUAUCGGUCUGGUGGCCCGUGGCGGGUUGGCCUGUCCAGGUGCCAGGGGGCAGCCACCUCUUUGAGCAGCCAUGCCUGUGUCCCUGAUCUCAGGGCCCUGGCCACGGCCUGGGUCCCCGUGACGCUGGAGGAGCCCGUGUGUGAGAAUCGAAUCCUGGCACCUCGGGCUGGGGAUGGAGGAGAGAGGGUGGUGGGGGACAGGGCAGUGGCGGGGGCCCAGAGACACCCCCUGCCUUUGGCGUCAGCUCUCGGGGACACGCUCUCCUGGAGGUGGAUUCGAGGCAUCUUGGGCACAGCUGGCACUGGCUUCUCUGUCAUGGACCAAGUUCACCUUUAGCGCCUGCAGCUCUGCCCAGGGCUGGAGUCGGGACUAUUUUCCAAAGAGUGAUAGGCUUUUGCUUUUGGCAAAACUCUACUUAAUCCAAUGGGUUUUUUUCCCCCUGUACAGUAGAUUUUCCAAGUGUAAUAAACUUUAAUAUAAAGGAGUCAUGUGAAA